UCCAAAGCUAUAUCAAUCGAUCCCUACACACAACAUAUUACAACAAUCACCACGGCAAUCAUUUCCCAAUAUAUGGUGAAUUAACUGAACUCUUUUUUCUUUAAAAAUUUCCCACUAAGUAACUGGCAUCUUUUUUUUUUGUUCCCUUCCCCGUCCCACUACAAAUUAUAAUUUCAUAGCUGAUUUCCCUAACGUUAAAAGAAUUAAACACGAUUACAUGCAAGCAUAUACUGUCACUGUUGAAAACCGUUCAUUAGAUCAAUCUUAUCCUUCGUCGUCGUUACUUGGUUCAAACAAUUCUAUGUCCAUGCAAGAUCAUCAAUUGAAUGGUGGUAAUAAUUCCUCAAAUUUACCCCAACAAGUGUUGCAUACAUCAGAUGCGAAUUACUACCAAAAUCCUACUUCGCAACAAGAUUUACAUCAAAUUCCACCUCCUCCUCCACCACAACAAUUUCAUUAUCAACAACAACAACAAAUGCAACUUGAUCAAUUCCAACAUCAACAACUUCAUCAUCAUCAUCAUCAACAACAACAUCAACAACAAAACUCUUAUGUGAAUCAACAAUUCUCAAUUCCUCCUUCAGUUUAUAAUGCUCCAAGACCUAGAUCAAAGAGUGCUAUAUCUACAACCACAAAAGUAGACACUCAUAAUGAUUUCGAAGAACCGGAAACUCCUAAAAAGAGAAAGAGAGGGAGACCUCCAAAGCCUUCUUCUUUAACCAAUCAAAUCACUACUACUCUUAAUAUAAGUGUCAAUACUUCACCAUUAAAUACAAGUCCAAUGGCUGAAUCAAACUCUUUACUGAGUGCUAGAAGAGGGGUGCCUGAUUUCUUUACUCCUUUAAUGAGAGUAUCUCCAAGUUCAAGAACCAAGAAGAAGAGAAAGAAUUCUUCAAGUUCAACCACUACUACUCCUACUUUACUUAAAAAACACAAAUCAACUUCAAAUUUAUCUGAUUCAGUAAGAUCGGCUUCUACUGGAAAUAUAUUGGAAAAUGUUUUAAUUACUCCUUUAUCAUCUGUGAAUGGUUCUGCUUAUAAUAAUUAUCAUCAGAUUAAUUCAAAAACUCUUGAUAAUUUAUCAAUGAUAACUCAAUCAAAUUCAAACGUUGGUGAAUCUUUACCUUAUUAUAAUACUCCACCUUCCUCUACUGUCAAGAGUCAAUUCCCAAAUUAUUUGGCUCCACUGAAUUCUGGUUCUGCUAAUGCUGCAUCAACAUCUAGUUCAAAUAAUCACUCGACAAAUCAAGUUGCUGUUGAUUUCAUGAAUCAAUCGAAUUUAGCUCCAGCUCCUAAAAGGCAAGUGAAUGAAUCAAUUGAACAAGACUCAACUGCUGCUUAUUUAAUUAGAAGUCAUGGUUCACCUCCUUUACCGUCAAGUUCAGAAGAUAACUUAUUACCAGCUGUUUCUUUAAUUCCUGGAUCAAAUAAAAACAAUGAUGGAAAGAUCAGUCCAAAGACUAUUGAAUCAAAUGUUGAUGAUUCUAAACCGGUCGAUUCACAUUCAAAAUCAAGCUCUAGUUCAAGUUCAACUAAUGACUUCCUGCUUAAGUUAUUUAUUGAUGACCUGGGUAAAGCUGUUUUAUCCACCGACUUUUUAUCAAACUCUCCUUCUACCACUACUUCUACCACUGAAAUUAAAAAGGAGGAAACCGAAGUAGUCGCACAACCAAAGGUAAAGAAAACAAGAGGUAGAAAGUCUGUGGUAGUUAAGGAUGACGAAGUUAACUCUGUUAAUGACAAUGGAGAUCAAAUUGAUCCAACUAGUUCUAAACAAUCUUUUAACGAAAUUUUGAAACCAAAGUUAACUCAUGUUAAUUCAGUUAUUGGAAUUGAAGCUCAAUACGCCCAAUCUAGUGGAUUAUCACCACCAUUAACCAUGGGAAAUAAUGAUAGUGCUGAAUUUCAACAGUCACGUCCAAAUUUAUUGAGAAGACACAAUUCAGAUUUUAUUGGUGUUGCUGCUUCUAGUAUUUUAAAUCAAAAUACAAGUUUAUCAUCUAUUAACGAAAAUGGUAAUCUUAGUAUGACAUCAGCUCCAUCUGUUUUAACUCAACUUCCUCAAACACCAAAUUAUAAAGAAAAUUAUUUAUAUUCAACUACAGGAUUAACUCCAAACAGUAAUUUAACAUUCAAUUUAACUCCUCAAUUUAAUUCAAUGAUGUAUUCCAUGAUGAAUAUUAAUUCUCCUCAACAAAAGAAAGCAAGUGGUGGUGUAAUGAGUAAUCAACAAUUUUUAAUUUCUCAGGAGUUUUAUCAAUCAGAUUCAUUAGAAAAUCAUUCUCAAAAUACUUCCAUUACUCAAGAUCAAAGCUUACAAAAUGAGUAUGUGGAUCAAACAAACAGUCAAGGUAAAACCAUCGAUAUGAAUGACUUGUUAUCUAUGAGAGACAAUACCAAUACUUCCACUUCUUUAGUUGAAAAACCAAAUGUUUCACAAGGAGUAAUUACAGAAAUGACUUCAUCUUCGGGAUCAUCUUCAAAUGAAGAUUCAGGCGAUGCAAGACUUGCAUUAAAGAAAAUCAUUCAUAUCAAGAGAAAGUAGCUCAUCAUAUCUCAUUUCAACACUAUCUUUUUUUUUUAUUUCUUCGUCGUUACACUUACUGUUAUUCCUAUCAAUUUUAGAACAAGUAAACUUUAUAUCAUCAAAUAGUUUCUGAUACUAUUUCAUUUUCUUUUUUUGUAUUCCUUCUAUUUUUUAUUAUUUUUAUCCCAGGGCAUUUAUUUCAUUACUUCAUACUUAUUUUUAACGUAUCAUUCUUUAUAUUUUUUAACAAUCCAUAUUAUUUCCAUAAAAUAGUAGACU